CUAAUCACCCUUUAAUUUCUUUACUGUUUACAAUUUUACUCUCACGAUUUCAUUUUGCUUCCCGCUUCCGUCGCCCUAACCCACGCAGAGCUUCGGUCGACAGGAGCAUUGAGGAAGUUCGGUUCGCUGCCCAUUCGAGCUGAUGCGUUGGGAAUCUGUCAAUAUCAUGACUAGGAAAGGGAAGGAACCGAUGUCUGAUACUGGUGUAGAUAAAAUAAGGUGGGAUCAUGGUUCUACAAAAUUGUUUCUGAAUUUGCUCGCAAAGUGGAAGAAAAAUAUGGGGGUGAUGAGGUGGGGUAAAAUUAGCGAGGACUUCAUGAAAUUGAGUGGUUAUAGUUGUACUCCGCUGAAACUAAAGGCCAAACAUGACAACAUGAAACGAAAUUGGCAAUUGUUCAAUAGGCUUAGGUGUGCAGAGACUGGAUUUGGAUGGAAUUCAGAUACAUGCAAGGUUGAGGCAUCUGACGAGUGGUGGAAUGCGAGGAUUGCAGAGAAUCCAGAUUACAAAAAGUUCCGUAAUAAUGGAUUGCCGUUAAGGGAUGAGCAGGAUCUCUUGUGGGGUGGCAAUAGUGCCACUGGUGAAGUUUGUGUUGCACCAUCAACACCACUUGAUGAUGGUUUGGGAGCUACUUUUGGGGAAGGCUGUUGCACUCUUCAACUGCCAGUGCAAACUGAUUUGGAAGAUAUUCCUGAGGAGCUUUCAACUGGUGCUUCUAAAACAAUCACACCAAUGCAGGAGUCGUAUUCUAGUGGAAAAAGGUCUCGAAAUGAUGAAACAAGUAGGAAAGGGAAGAAAAGGUCUGCCAGUGUUGGUGUCCAACAUAGUGAGUGGUUUCAGACAAUGGUAGGGAUAGUUAAGAGUCUAAAUGAGCAACAACGUUCCUUGUUUGCCGUCAAGAAAGAAUAUUAUGCAAGCAAGAUGGAAUAUUAUGCAUGCAAGAUGGAAUAUUAUGCAAGCAAGAUGGAGAUGAAGAUGAAUGAGAAGUAUGUGGAUACAACAUAUGAAAAAGCGGUGAAGGCUUUGGUUGAUCUAGACAUCGGGAAAUCUCAUCCAGAGGUCUUCUAUUUUGGUGUUAAGUUAUUCAACAUAAAUUCACAGAGGCAGUUGUUCUUGGCUUUACCUGAACGCCUCCGUUUUAACUAUCUUGAAAGACAAUUCAAAAAAACUGGAGCAGAUGCUCCGUUGGGUUGAAUCUAUUCUUGUUUGUCGUUUGGUUGGAUUAUGUUUCAUUGUUCAUGUUUGACAUUUGGUUGGAUUUAUAUAUUAUCGGCUCGUGAUGUUUGGAUGUC